AUGGACAUUGUCCAAAUUACUCUGUUCUUGUGGUAUAUGAGUGCGGUAGCAUCAGAAGAAACAUCCUUGGCAAAGCCUAAUUGUUCAUCGCAAUGCGGAUCAGUCACUCAAAUCCCAUAUCCAUUUGGAAUUGAAGCUGGCUGCUACCUUGAUGGCUGGUUCCAAAUAAUAUGUGACAACUCAGCCAGCCCACCGAAAGCUUUCUUGAACGUUACUGGUUUAGAGGUGCUGGAAAUUUCUGUUGAAGGCACACUAAAGGUGGAAAGCCCUAUUACCUUCUCUAAUUGCAGUAAUAAGCCAGCAGGCCGCCAGACGCCGAACUUGGAAGGAAGUCCGUUUGUGUUCUCCAUGAAAAACAGAUUUACUUCAUUGAGCUGUGGAGACAUCGCCUUGAUGACAUCCUUAGAUGGUUCAACAAUUGCUGGCUGCUUGUCCAUAUGUGAUUAUACAAGUACUAGCUAUCUACGAACGAAAAGCUGCAUCGGGAUGAAUUGCUGCCAAACCACCAUUACUCCAUAUCUCAGGUCCUUCAAUACUAGCUUUGGAGCAGUAUUAAAUGCUGACAGAAAGGCAUGCAAGUAUGCCUUCCUUGUAGAGCAUGACUGGUUUACAUCAAACUCAACAAAUGUUUCUGCCAUUGGUGAAAUGGACUACGUUCCUAUGGUGCUGGAAUGGCACGUACUUGAUUUGAAUUAUACCGAGUUUGAUAUAAAUGGAACAAAUAAUUGGAGAGAUGAUAAAAGUACGGAUUGCAGCAGCAGCCAAUGUGUCUGCUCAAAGGGCUACCAUGGAAACCCUUAUCUUCUUCAUGGAUGUCAAGUUCCCAGCAGUGUUCUUGGGCUGUUGUUUCUGCUAACUGGCAUCUGGUGGGCGCACAAAGUCAUAAAGAAAAGGAAAGAUAUGAAACGCAAAGAGAAGUUCUUUAGACAAAAUGGUGGUUUAGUGUUGGAGCAACAAUUAUCUUCCGGUGAACUCAAUGUUGAGAAGGUUAAGUUGUUCAAUUGCAAGGAGCUAGAGAAAGCCACGGACCAUUUUAAUGCAGACAGAGUUAUUGGUCAGGGAGGCCAAGGUACAGUUUAUAAAGGAAUGUUGGCGGAUGGAAGAAUUGUUGCUGUCAAGAAGUCCAAAAUAGUUGAGGGAGGUGAAGUUGGACAGUUCAUUAAUGAAAUUGUCAUUCUCUCACAAAUUUCCCACAGGAAUGUGGUUAAGCUAUUGGGUUGUUGUUUAGAGACCGAAGUUCCCCUCUUGGUUUAUGAAUUCAUACCCAAUGGAACACUUUUUCAAUAUAUUCAUCACCAGAAUGAGGAGUUCCCUCUUACAUGGGAAACGAGAUUAAGAGUUUCAAUCGAAGUUGCAGGAGCACUUUCCUACUUACAUUCUGCAGCUUCCUUUCCAAUUUACCACCGGGACGUCAAGUCUUCUAACAUACUCUUGGAUGAAAAAUACAGAGCCAAAGUAGCAGACUUUGGGACUUCAAGGUCAAUUUCCAUUGACCAAACGCACCUUACAACACUAGUACGUGGAACAUUUGGUUAUCUGGACCCAGAAUACUUCCAAUCUAGCCAAUUUACAGAGAAGAGUGAUGUUUAUAGCUUUGGAGUCGUCCUUGCUGAGCUCUUGACCGGACAAAAACCAGUUUCGUUCAUGAGGUCACCAGAAAGCAGAAGCCUAGCAACUUAUUUCCUUCUGUCCAUGGAGGAUAAUAAUUUGUUUGCUAUUCUUGAUGCUCAAGUUAUGAAGGAUGGUGAAAAUGACCAGAUUGUGGCCGUUGCUAAUCUUGCAAAAGCAUGCUUGAAUUUGAAUGGAAGAAAGCGUCCUACUAUGAAAGAAGUGGCAGUAGAGUUGGAGGGAAUUCAAUUGUCAGUUAAAGCUUCUGGUGUCCAACAAAAUUUUGCAGAGGUGGAAUAUGAUCAAAGCCAAAUAACCGAGCCGUGGUAUGUCUCUUCUUUAUCAACCGGUUCUUGUAUGGAUAGUGGCACAAGCUCUUCUUUUUUUGAGAGCAAAAGAGAUUCCAUUUAUAAUCCAAUAAUCCAUACAAAAAGACAAGCAUGAACACAGUGGCCUCAUUAAAACCUUCCUAGGAAAACUACACAGAAGAAACCCCAAGAGAGAAAAGAGUACCACCAAUGUCUUUCAAGUUACUGUGAAGAAAAUAUUUCUUGUAAUAUUUUAUGUUCUGGACUUGGAAUCCUUUAUACUAUUACCUUAUGCGAUGCAAUUUCCAUCUACAUGUCA